CCAACACUGCCGUUUUGAGAAACGGUAGAAUUGUCUCAUCAAACCCCGCGUGACAUGCUCAUUUUCUGGCUGAAACUCCUUUUCAUUUCCAUUCUUAGAACUCAAAAUUUUCGGUCACCUUCAAGAUCCAUUCUUCAUAAUCGAUCAGAUCUAAGCAAAAAGCAAACAGGAAGUUUGCCAAAAUGUCAAGCGACAGCGAUGACGAAGAUGAGCUCCUCCAAAUGGCAUUGAAAGAGCAAGCCCAACGGGACCUCAAUUACCAGAAACCGCCUUCCUCCAAUUCGCGCAAACCGGUGGCCAACUUCGUUCAACCGCCGACUAGUUACAAGGAUCAGAAGGCAUCGGCUGCCCCGGCUCCAAAAAAGCCGGCUGGGAGGAAGAUGUCAAUGGAUGAUGACGAGGAUUCAGAAGUGGAGAUGCUUAGCAUUUCGAGUGGGGAUGAGGAUAUAGGAAAAGAUCCAAAGGGAGGAGCCGGAGGAAGGAGUAGAGGGAGAGGAAGCAAAGACGACGAUGGAGCCUGGGAUGGAGAAGAGCCUGAUAUCUGGAAACGUGUUGAUGAAGCUGAGCUUGCUCGUAGGGUUCGCGAGAUGAGAGAGACGAGAACAGCUCCCGUGGCACAGAAGUUCGAGCGUAAACCAUCAGCACCGGUGGGGAGAAUACUUAACAAUCUACAAUCGUUCCCUCGUGGCAUGGAAUGUGUUGAUCCACUUGGACUGGGGAUAAUAGACAACAAGACAUUAAGGUUGAUCACUGAGUCGUCAGAAAGCUCUCCAUCAAAAUCCGAUAGAGAUUAUAUGGAUAGUGGCCUUCGUGAGAAAUUGAUGUAUUUCUCUGAAAAAUUUGAUGCAAAGUUGUUUCUAUCCCGAAUACACCAAGAUACAUCUGCAGCAGACUUGGAGGGCGGAGCUCUUGCUCUAAAAACCGAUCUCAAAGGGCGGACUCAACAGAGAAAACAAUUGGUUAAAGACAAUUUUGACUGCUUUGUUUCAUGCAAAACCACAAUUGAUGAUAUUGAGUCGAAACUGAAGCGAAUUGAAGAAGACCCUGAAGGUUCAGGGACAACCCACCUGUUUAAUUGUAUGCAAGGAGUAAGUUCACUGGCAGAUCGUGCCUUUGAGCCUCUAUUCGAGAGACAGGCUCAAGCUGAGAAGAUCAGGUCUGUCCAAGGAAUGCUUCAGAGGUUCAGGACACUCUUUAAUUUACCUAGUACAAUUCGUGGGAGCAUUAGUAAGGGCGAAUAUGACUUGGCUGUUAGGGAAUACAAGAAGGCAAAAUCAAUUGCUCUCCCCUCCCAUGUAAAUAUAUUAAAACGAGUUCUUGAAGAGGUUGAAAAACUGAUGCAAGAAUUCAAAGGCACACUUUACAAGUCCAUGGAAGAUCCACAAAUAGACCUAACAAGCCUAGAAAAUACAGUAAGGUUGUUGAUAGAGCUUGAACCUGAGUCAGAUCCGGUGUGGCAUUAUUUAAAUGUUCAGAAUCAUAGAAUUCGAGGGUUGCUUGAGAAGUGCACUUCAGAUCAUGAAUCACGGAUGGAAACUUUGCAUAAUGAGAUACGUGAAAGAGCACUCUCCGAUGCAAAAUGGCUGCAAAUUCAACAAAAUUUAAGUCAGUCUUCAAAUGCCAACUAUUCUUUUGGGAACAUCCAACUGCCUGUAGAUUUGCAACCACUCGACUUGACUGGUGAAGAAGUUGAUGUUCUUAGAGGAAAAUAUAUCAGAAGGCUAACCACAGUACUUGUGCAUCACAUACCAGCUUUUUGGAAAGUGGCACUUUCUGUUUUCAGUGGGAAAUUUGCAAAGUCUUCUCAGGUUUCUGAUUCUUCAGGAAGUAAAAAUGAGGAAAAAGUCGGAGAUGGGAGAUACUCAAGUCAUUCUCUUGAUGAAGUUGGAGGAAUGAUGCGUGGUACAAUAUCUGUAUAUGAAGUCAAGGUUCUGAACGCAUUCCGUGAUCUUGAAGAAUCUAAUCUUCUUCAGUCGUACAUGAGUGAUGCCAUAAAGGAAAUAUCUAAAGCAUGCGUUGUUUUUGAAACAAAAGAGUCUGCUCCUCCUCUAGCCGUCAUGGCGCUCAGGACACUUCAGGCAGAGGUUACAAAGAUUUACAUACUAAGGCUUUGUUCUUGGAUGCGAGCAUCAACAGAGGGGAUAACAAAAGAUGAAACUUGGGUCCCAGUAUCUAUCCUUGAAAGGAACAAAUCUCCAUACACUAUCUCUUAUUUACCUCUGGCUUUUCGUUCAGUUAUGGCCUCGGCAAUGGAUCAUAUCAAUAUGAUGAUCCAGUCUUUGAGGAGUGAGGCUACAAAGUUUGAAGAUAUGUUUGCACAACUUCAAGAAAUCCAAGAACCAGUUAGACUUGCAUUUCUAAAUUGUUUCCUGGAUUUUGCUGGUCAUCUAGCGCAUAUUGGAAGUGAGCUUGUCCAAAACAAAUCAAGCAAAGAAAGUCUGCAUUUGCAAAAUGGGUAUUCUUAUGAAUCAGAGGAGGAAUUAUCAUCUGAUCUCCCUGGAAGUAUUGUUGAUCCACAUCAACGGUUGUUAAUGGUUUUAAGUAAUAUUGGAUAUUGCAAAGAUGAGCUUUCUUCCGAGUUGUACAACAAGUACAAAUGUAUUUGGCUGCAAUCCAGGGAAAAAAAUGAAGAGGACUCUGACAUACAAGAUUUGGUAAUGUCUUUCUCUGGACUUGAAGAAAAGGUCCUUGAGCAGUAUACUUUUGCAAAGGCAAAUUUGAUUAGGACAGCUGCCAUGAACUAUUUGUUAGAUUCUGGUGUUCAGUGGGGAUCAGCACCUGCAAUAAAAGGUGUGAGAGAUGCAGCUAUUGAGUUAUUACAUACUCUGGUAGCUGUACAUGCUGAGGUCUUUGCUGGUGCUAAGCCCCUCCUGGACAAGACACUUGGCAUUCUUGUGGAAGGUCUGAUUGAUACUUUUAUCAGCAUUUUCCAUGAGAACAAAACUAAAGAUCUCAGUUCACUUGAUGCAAAUGGUUUCUGCCAGCUCAUGCUUGAGCUUGAAUAUUUUGAGACCAUUUUAAAUCCGUAUUUCACAGCGGAUGCUAGGGAGUCUAUGAAGUCUUUACAAGGAGUGCUGUUGGAGAAUGCCACUGAAAGCAUCUCUGAGGUUGUUGAAAAUCCAGGGCACCAUCGGCGGCCAACUCGUGGAAGUGAAGACGCUCUUGCAGACGAGAGGCAGCAAGGGGUGUCUGUAUCUCCAGAUGACCUGAUUGCUCUUGCACAGCAAUAUAGCUCAGAAUUGCUGCAAGCAGAGCUUGAGAGGACCCGCAUCAAUACAGCAUGUUUUGUGGAGUCACUUCCAUUGGAAUCUGCUCCAGAAUCGGCUAAAGCUGCAUACGCAUCUUUUAGAGGUUCAAUGGACUCUUCCAGCGGAAACUACAGAGGCGCACAAGCAAUGGAAUCUCCGAGUUUCACCCAGCGUAGGCGCAGAUAAAUUAGCCACCGGCAAAAUAUUAUUUUUAAAUUUCCCAAUGUUCAUGUGUUGCUGUUGAUACAUGUAAUUUUGAAUUAAAUAUGCAUUUUUUUGCUGUCUAUUGGGAUCAUUAGAGUAUGACUUUUGUAGCGAGGGCAUAUUUUGUAGGACCUCCCUGAAUUGUGUUUGCCAUGAUUGGUGGAUAAUGAUUAAUUUUUGAUACA